CGCGAACACGCUGAGAAAGUACGCGAUAUAUUAGUCUUCGUCGAGCGCACUCGCGAGAUCGGCCGCCGCCAGCCAGCAGCGGUACCAUCGAUCGUUAUCAUCCGGAGUUUGCGACUCGAAGUUCGGCCGAUUUAUCAUGGCGAGACACACGCCUCUUCAACUUCUGGUACUGUGCGCCUUCGUGAUCGUCAUCGGCCAAUCACGGGCAGUUGCAUAUAUCGACAGCAGCGAUAUCCCUAACAAGAAUAUGGAUGAAACUGCGAAAGAACCAUUUUCCUUGAUGGACGUAUAUACAAAUUUCUUCUACAUGACUGGCUUCAACGGCACGUGGAUUUCUGAUUUUGAAAUUAUGAUUACCGACAUGUUUUUUGGCGACGUUAAAAUUACUGAUGUGAAAACAGGGAAGAGCAACUCGAUUUUUUAUGGAAAGGAUAUACCAUUGCUAUACAAAAUGAGCACUGUUUCGGCAACUAUUUCACCCAACAGGAAAUACAUUCUCCUCGGUUGCAAUACUCUAUUUGUGUACAGACACUCGACCCUCAAAAUGUACAUGGUGUAUGACAUGCAGAGAAAGGCAUUUAGGACGAUUGCAAAUGCCGCUUAUCUCUCGCUAGCAACGUGGUCGCCGAUUGGCAGUAACUUGGUUUACGUUCUCGAUAACGAUAUUUAUUAUAUGACUCUCACUCGUGGCGGAGAUGUAGUAAGAAGACUGACGUACAGUGGCAAACCCGGAAAGAUUUACAACGGAAUUCCAGAUUGGGCAUAUGAAGAGGAAGUAUAUGCGUCUCCGACCGCGCUGUGGUAUUCACCAGAUGGACAGUACUUGGCCUUUGCAUCCUUCAACGAUACCCAAGUAAAGACCAUGACGUGGUCUGAUUAUGGCUCCCCCGGUUCUCUUAAAGACCAAUACCCCACGCAAGUUGAAAUAAAAUAUCCCAAGGCAGGUACACCGAACCCGGUAGUAUCUUUAUCGGUGAUCGAUUUGUCAGAUCCAUCGUCAAAAGUAGUCGCCUUGAAAGCGCCCGAUGUGGUAACCAGCGACAAUGUUCUAUACGCCGUGAGCUGGUGGAACGAAACGCACGUGGUUGCAACAUGGACGAAUCGCGUACAGAAUCAAUCCCAGCUGACCAUGUACGACAUGCAAGGUGAUGCCAAAUUGGUUUUGUACGACGAGGAGACCGAGGGCUGGCUACAGCCGAAUAGCCCUAUAAAAGCCGGCGAUUAUGCAUUGCUUUUACGACGAGAGGAUUCCGGUACCGGCGAUGGCAGAUUCCGACAUAUAGUCAAGUACUUAAACGAGGAUGACCAGUUCAUUAAACCGGUGGACCUAACGCCCGGUCCCUCCGAGGUUCAGACGAUUCUAGCAGUCGAUUCGUCUUCAGGCGUAGUUUACUAUCUCGCCACGGCGCCGAAUGAACCGUCCCAGAGGAAUUUGUAUUCGGUGCCUCUGGAUGGGAGCCAGAAACCGACUUGCAUAUCCUGCGAGCUGCUAACGCCGGAAGGAAACAAAUGCACCUACGCGACUGCAUCUUUUUCAACCCAGAGAUCGUAUUAUGCCGUCACCUGCUCCGGGCCCGAUCCUACCACGGUGGAGAUUUACAACAAAAAUCAUCAGUCAGUCUCGACUUGGAAUACUAACAUGAGGGUAAGGGAACUUUUAUCGGAACGAUUGGUACCGCAACAAAGGAACUACACAAUUACUGUCAACGGCUAUGACUGCAGGGUCAAAUUGCUCCUGCCUCCGGAUUUCGACGAAAACAAAGUGUAUCCCAUGCUGGUAUACGUUUACGGUGGUCCGAACACGCUAAGGAUCAUCGAAGAAGCCAGUUUCGGGUAUGAGCAUUACUUUACGACCAAUCGAAACGUGAUCUAUGCAUUGAUCGAUGGACGAGGCUCGUCUAAUAAGGGUAGCAAGAUGCUCUUCGAGAUAUACCGAAAGAUGGGCACCGUAGAAAUUGAAGAUACGAUCGCUGUCACCGCAAUUCUGCAGAAGCGGUACAAGUGGAUCGACGCGAACAGGACUGGCAUAUGGGGCUGGAGCUAUGGCGGUUUCCACACUGGUAUGGCGCUCGCGAAAGAUGACGGCUCUGUCUUCAAGUGCGGUAUAUCUGUCGCGCCUGUGACUUCCUGGAUCUAUUACGAUUCCGUCUACACGGAACGAUUCAUGGGACUGCCGACUGCAGAGGACAACCUCAUUGGCUACAAUAAUACGGAUAUCUCGCGAAUAUCCGAGGGAAUACGCGGAAAAAAGUAUAUGGUGAUACAUGGUACCGGGGACGACAACGUGCAUUACCAGCAAGCGAUGUCGCUCAUCAAGUCGCUGGAGUAUCAGGACAUUAUGUUCGAACAGGUCACGUACACGGACGAAGCGCACAGUCUCACACGUGUGUUGCCUCACUUGUAUCAUACAAUGGACAAAUUUUGGGGCAAAUGCUUCGGGUGGGCUCGCUGACCUAGAACCGCCAGAGAAGAGAAUAGUCUUCGCGGCUACGAAUCGUCCGCGCUAUAUGACCGAUCUUUAUGACACUAGAAAUGCAAUUCUCGUGAACCGAGAAUGAUCGAAGACUUAUUUUGAAUUUGUACAGACUUGAUAUUGAUUUGUUCUACAUUGAUUCGACGUGAAAGAAUUGCCCGGCGUGCCUUUACUAAUAUUAAUGGCAUCAAAGUGCUUAUCGUUAAGAUUAAGGACAGCUAUUCCGAGACACUUUGCCUUGAUCUAAUCUUGCAAAUGUCGACGGUAACAAUGGAAAAUAUUACAAGUACAUUUUGGAGUACAAUGUGAACGUUUUACUUUUUACCAGGAGUUAAACGAUGACAUAAAGAUAUACCGUUUGGAAGAGAAAUAAAACUUUCCUUACGCUGACAUAUAAACUUGAAUACAAUUCUGGAUUCUUAUAAUUUUCAGAAGCUAUUUCUUAACAACUGUUAGACAAAAAAAUUUGAACAGUUUUGCGAUUAUAAUAUUUUUUAUUGAUGCCAUCGACAAGUUUAAAUGAGUCGAAUACGAUAUCGAAUGCAGAAUUGUUACGAGAAAGAUAAUUAUUUAUCUUAAUACACGUGCACGUACGUUGUUAAAUUUAUGUUCACGUUCGUUUCAUUGAUCUCGAUGGCAAAUCUUUACCAAAGAAAUUUUUUGCCUCUAAAUAAUAGUAUGCAAAAGUUCCUGUUACAUUUAGUGCCAAAUAUCAAUUGCGAUUAAUUUAACAUUUCUUGACUGGUCCGCAAAUCAGAGCGAAGAAAACUUCGUUCGUGCCAUAUCGUUUAAUGUAACGGGGAAGUGUAAUGCAUAAAUACGUUGACUAAUUAGUUAAUUAAUAAGUCAAAAUUUAGAAAAAUAUUAUACUAUAAUAGAAUAUGUAUGUAUAAUGUAAUACGGGACUCCUACAUAAGAUGACAGCUGUUAAAAUGUGCGUUUUUUGUCUUUGAUAUCUUUCUACAAAGAUAUUUGGAUUCACCUCUUCUCGAAUCUAGGAAUAAAGAGAAUUUUUUCAAA